AUGCCCAUCGCGAUGCCCAUCAUCGCCCUCGCGCGUCCGCGCCCGGCCCGAGCGCCGCCGUCGCGUCGCGCGAAGACGCGCGCGCGCGUCGUCCUCGCGCGCGCGGCGUCGCUGUCGCUGUGCGCGCGCGGAGCGAACGCGCCGCACCCGGAUAAGACGGCCAAGGGUGGCGAGGACGCGUGGUUCGCCCGCGUCGACGCGACGCGCGGCGGCGGCGUCCUGGGCGUCGCGGACGGCGUCGGUGGAUUUAACGAUCAGGGCGUGGACCCGGGCCUGUACGCGCGCGUGUUAGCGCACGAGGCGCUGCGGGAGAUCGCGCGGGAGGGCGAAACGGCGGCGAAGGACGCGAUGGCGGCGGCGCAGAGAGAGACGAAGAUUCCGGGAGCGGCGACGAUGUGCGUCGUUCGCUUAGAUGGAGACGUGUUGCGGUGCGCGAACGUGGGGGACAGUGGAUUCAGAGUGGUCAGGGAUGGACGGGUGGUGGGCGCGUCGACGGCGCAGCAGCACUACUUUAACUGCCCGUAUCAGCUGGCGUACGCGGAGUUGGCGAAGGAUGGCGAUAGCGCGAGCGAUGCGGAGGAGUUCGAGGUCAAAGUGCGAGUCGGUGAUAUCGUGGUUCUCGGAAGCGAUGGGUUGUUCGAUAACGUGUUCGAUGAGGAGAUCGCGGCGGUGGCGACCGAGGCGUACGGAAGGGCGAGCGACGAGGCGAGCGGGGCGGGGGCGGCGGCGCAAGCGCUCGUGAAGGUCGCUCGUGGGCACGCUGAGGAUAAGAAGUACGAUUCUCCGUACGCGCGCGAGAUGGCGAAGAGCGAGACGGACAAAGGGGGGGCGCCCAAGGCUGUUGGAUUGUUUGGAGGAUUGAACAAGAUGUUGGGCGGCGGCUCUUUGGGCGGAAAGAUGGACGACAUCACCGUCAUCGUCGCCGGCGUCGUGCAAACGUCGGAAUCUCGCGAAGUUCUCGCAAGCGCGAGCGCGUCGUGCGACGCGAACACCGAGGCCUUGGCCAAGGCUCGCGAGUUGGCGUCCAUAGAGGAAGUGAAGGUGCAACGCACCGUGGCGCUUCGCAAGGAGAUGGACGCCGCGUUCAAGGAGUCGGUGGCGGCGAGUGAGAAGAAGUCCAAGGCUAUCGCGAACGCUAAACCAGAGUUCACGCGCGCGCAGGUCGAUUCCAUGGACGCUCCGACGAUUCGCAAGCUCUUACAAGAGCGCGGGUUGCCGAGCUCGGGUAAACUCGAACGCCUGCGCGAUCGCCUCGCCGAAGUCAAGGCACUUUAA